CCGCACGCACAUGCUCAUGCUCAAGCAGCUCAGCAGGUUUGCGCGCUCCCACUGUGGCUCAAGGGUAAUAAAGGUAAAAUCAUCAUGAAAUUCGGACAGUAUUUUUCUUUAUAAAGAAUGAAAAAUAUUAGUAGGUUCUAUAUAAAAUAGCUGGCGAGAUGUAGAAACGGGGAUGCAAUAUAUGUUUGCAUUAGUCGGUCUUAACAAUACCCUGGAAUUAGGUUUGCUUGUCAGGAGCGAAGGGACGGGUGGUGCUUCAUUGAAAUAAUGCUCAUUUAAUGAUAAAAUGAUAGACUAAGGAAGCACCAACCAGUGAUAUCUUCGUGAAAUAUAUAGAUUGUUUUAAUGCAUGAAAACUCUUAUUUUAUGCAUAUUUUAUUUUUAAAACUUACAAUCUUGCUGAAUAAUUGAGGUACUAAAUAUAUUCUAUGCGCUAUUUUUUUCCCGUACAAAGUGGCUUUAUUCUAGUUCCACCAACGUGCCGGAAAAGUCAGCCUCGGUAUUUUUUGUUUUAUUACCCGCAAUUAAGUUUGCGGUCUUUGAAAACAGAACAUUUAACUUACACAUUGUGAACGUAGUACAAUUUAAUCUCAUAUCAAGCUACAGAUUAAUUAAACAGGUUCAAUCCACAAUUAUGAUCGAGUUAAUGUAUUUUGAGGCGCAUAACAUUUUAAAUACGAUUUUAAGAUUGUUUAAUGAAUAUGUUGUAAUCCACGCACAUGCAGUGCAAUUAAUUUAUUGAAGGUCUAGCGACGCCUGUCUGUCCGCACACGGAGCAGCCACCUUUCCGCGAACCCCCGGAGAAAUCACGUGACGUGACAUCUGCUGGUGGUGACAAAAAAAAGUCAACACGGGUUCGGGAAACCAAUAGAGGAAGGAGAAGAAAGAGAAGAGAAGACGGAAAGCGAGGGUCUUUACACUAACAGGAUCAAAUAACUGCCAUUAUACAGCAUCAGUACCAAAAACCUAACAUAGUAUCGUUUUGCUCUUUCAGUGGAGCAAGUGGAUACGGACGCGCUGAUUUAAAUGAAUUACUUCGCGCUCCUUUACCAAACAUAAAAUAUUUUUCUUAGCUGAUUUAACUGAUUUUCUUCGAACUUAUUUUGGACUCAAGUACAGGGUCUCAGACUUGACAUGCCAGUUUCCUUUUGUGGGAUAUGAUAAUAAAAGUCUCAAAGUGGAGCCACGUGUGUCUCGCAUCAGCGCGCUCCUACAGGGGCUAGGAUGUGCGCCUGGUACCUCCAGGUUUUUACCCGGUUUCGGGUCUGAAUCCGAGUCGACUGCCCCAGGACGCAGAAACAGGAGAGCCCCCUCCAGUCGGUCCAGGAUGCCGGUGAUGAGAGGUCUACUUGCACCGCAAAAUACCUUCCUUGACACCAUAGCUACUCGCUUUGAUGGCACCCACAGUAACUUUGUCCUGGGGAAUGCCCAGGUCCAGUCGCUCUACCCAAUUGUGUACUGCUCCGAUGGGUUCUGUGACCUAACGGGCUACGCCCGUGCGGAAUUGAUGCAAAAGAGUUGUGCGUGUCACUUCUUGUAUGGGCCUGAGACCAGUGACCAGCUGACAGCUCAGAUCCAGGGUGCAUUGGAUGAUCGCAGGGAGUUCAAGAUGGAGCUAAUUUUCUACAAGAAGGGAGGUGCCAAGUUCUGGUGUUUGCUGGAUAUCGUGCCCAUCAAGAAUGAGAAGGGGGAGGUGGUGCUCUUCUUGGUCUCCCACAAGGACAUCACGGACAACAAGAGGGACCAGGGUCCCGAGAUCGAUGAAGAGACUGGCCUGGAGGUGCACAGAGUCACACGGCCCCCGGGGUUCAACACCAACCGGCGCCGUAGCCGGGCAGUGCUUUACCAUCUGUCGGGGCACCUGCAGAAGCAGGACAAGAGCAAGCUCAAGCUGAAUAAUAACAUGUUUGGGGAGAAGCCCCCCAUUCCUGAGUACAAGGUGGCAGCUAUUCAGAAAUCCAGAUUCAUCCUGUUGCACUAUGGCACUUUCAAGGCGGGCUGGGAUUGGCUAAUUCUACUAGCCACCUUCUACGUGGCUGUCACUGUACCGUAUAACGUGUGCUUCACUGCUGUCGGUGGGCGGGACGAGGGGAGCUCCGCCUCCCGCAGUCCCCCAAGCGUCAGCGACAUCCUGGUGGAGAUUCUCUUCAUUUUGGACAUCGUGCUGAACUUCCGCACCACCUACGUGAGCACGUCGGGCCAGGUGGUGUAUGACGCCCGCUCCAUCUGUGUGCACUAUGCUACCACCUGGCUGUUCGUCGACCUGAUCGCCGCCCUACCCUUUGACCUGCUGUACGCCUUCAACGUGAGCGUGUACUUUGGCGUGCAUCUCCUGAAGACGGUGCGGCUGCUGCGUCUGCUCCGGCUGCUGCAGAAGCUGGAGCGCUACUCGCAGUACAGCGCAGUGGUGCUGACGCUGCUCAUGUCCAUGUUCGCCCUGCUCGCCCACUGGAUGGCCUGCGUCUGGUACUUCAUCGGCCGUCGUGAGAUAGAGAGCAACAUCCCGGGCACCUGGGAUAUCGGUUGGCUGCAUGAGCUUGCAAAGCGGCUGGGCACACCCUACUUUCUGCCUCCCUUGACCACGCUGCUUGGAGUUUCAGACUCGUCACACUCCACGAGUGCACUUGGGCUGGCAGCCAAUGGCAGUCACUGGAAUGCCACUGGGGUGGAGUUAGGGGGUCAGGACUCCUGGAAUGCCAGCCAAUGGAAUGCCACAGGUCCAGGGAUGCUAGGUCAGACACCGACGGCAGCCGUGGGCCACUGGAACCGGACAGGGGUGGAGCUGAGUGGCGGGCCGUCGGUGCGCAGCUCCUAUGUGACGUCGCUGUACUUCGCCUUGAGCAGCCUGACCAGUGUGGGCUUUGGCAAUGUGUCUGCUAACACGGACUCUGAGAAGAUCUUCUCCAUCUGCACCAUGCUUAUCGGGGCACUGAUGCACGCUGUGGUCUUUGGCAACGUGACGGCCAUCAUCCAGCGCAUGUACUCACGCCGCUCGCUCUACCACACGCGCACCAAGGACCUGAAGGACUUCAUUCGCGUGCAUCGGCUGCCCAAGGCCCUGGAGCAGCGCAUGCUGGAGUGCUUCCAGACCACCUGGUCCGUCAACAACGGCAUUGAUGUCGGAGAGUUGCUGAAGGACUUCCCAGAUGAGCUGCGUGCUGACAUUGCCAUGCACCUGAACAAGGAGCUGCUGCAGCUGCCGCUGUUUGAGUCGGCCAGCAGGGGGUGCCUGCGCUCCCUGUCCCUCAUAAUCAAGACAUCAUUCUGUGCACCAGGGGAGUUCCUCAUCCGCCAAGGAGAUGCACUGCAGGCCAUCUACUUUGUAUGCUCUGGUUCCAUGGAGGUGCUAAAGGACAACACAGUGCUGGCUAUCCUGGGCAAGGGCGACCUGAUUGGCUCCGACUCGCUGAUGAAGGAGCAGGUGAUAAAGACCAACGCCAAUGUGAAGGCGCUCACCUACUGCGACCUGCAGUACAUCAGCCUGAGGGGGCUGCGGGAGGUGCUGCGCCUGUAUCCUGAAUACGCCCAGAAGUUUGUCAGCGAGAUCCAGCAUGACCUCACCUACAACCUGCGCGAGGGCCACGGGGCCGACGUGGACUGGGAGAGCAACGGCGGGUUAGUGAAGAAGCUGCCCUCCAUCCAGGAGGACGAAGAGGGCGAUGAAGCUGAGCGCUCCUCCUGUCCGCGGGCCCCUCGCUCCCCCCUGCGCCUCCCCCGCGGGCUCAGCUCACCCCUGCGCUCCCCGCUGCUGCCGCCCCGCCCAUUCCGCCCUCCCAGCGAACAGGCCAAGAGCAACACCCUGCAGAUCCCCCUGGUCAGCCUCGCUAGUGCCCCCCCAGAGCUCAGCCCCCGAUUUGUGGAUGGCAUUGAAACAGAAGGCAAUCCCAGCUCAGUUCAGAAGUUCGAGUUCAACACCAGCCUGACCCAGAGCAGACCCUCUUCCCCUGCUCCAGAGAGCCAGGAGCACGUGGAAACUCGGCGGAGCAUCAGUAAGCUCAGUCAGGAGAUGGGAAGUCUUUCUCAACAAGUGUCUAAGCUCAGCCAGGAACUGCAGGAAAUGACACGUCUCCUAAGGCCCCUCCUCCUCCUCAGCUCCCAGCCCAUCCUGUCAGCCCUGACGCCCGCUAUGACUCCGCCUCCCAGCAGUGCCAGUGCACCUUCGGUGGGAAGCCCCCCUGUGGCCCCACCCCCAGCCCCGCCCUGCUCGCCACAGCCAGCGUCCUGCUCUCUGAUGGACAGACUGGAGACAGGCGGGGCAGACCUGCCAGGCUGCCUUGUGCCCUCCACCACACCUCAGAAAGCCCCCCUGCAGGCUCAUGCGCCCCUGCUUGGUUGCUCUGAGUGCCUCCCUCCCUCCACUUCAGCAUCAUCUGGAGAAGAAACCUCUAGGGGUGGGUCAUCUCUUAUUGGCCCUGGACAUGGACAUCAGGAAGAGAGACCCCCAGCCUCCCGGACCACCUCGCCCUCUCUCUCCUUCUCCUUGUCAAUUGCCUCAUCCCCCUCCCCAUCUCUGUCCCUCUCCCCCUGUCAGGGCCGCCACCUGUCCCAUCUGAGUGGCAGGGUCUUUCACCCCUCUCUGGCAUCCCAGGACUCAACCCUGGCCCACAUCAGCCACUGCUCUGCCCCCCCAUCCCUCAACAGUUCUCCUGGCAACCACCGGCAGCGGGUCAGCCCCACCUCCUCAUUUUCCACACCUCUUAUCCCACCCCCUCCUUGCACCCCGCCAUCCUGCCCCCACCCCUCCCCCCUUUCCCCCAGUUCACUGGACUCUCUCAAAGAGGCACAGGCUGCUGUCAGCUCAUUCUGGCCUCAGAAACCCGGAAGUGCUGUGCAGGGCCCCCCCAGCCGGGAGGCCAGCUGCCUGGCCAUGGAGAUGCAGGAGUGGGGGACUCAGACAGAACACAUCAGCUUCAUUGACGAGGAGGGCCCACCCUAAGGAGGCAGUGGCACCGAUGGAGAAAGAUGAGUUGAGCAGCAGAGUUGAGCAGAAGCUCAAGUCAUCCAGAGGGACAUCUACCAUCACAUCAGACAGAUCCUCUGAAGAUCCCUCUCCAGGGCUUUCACAUGCCAGGAAGGGCAUCACCUGUCGCCGUCCCAUUUCCCUUUCCGCAAUCGGUAGUGGCAUCACAGCAGAGCUGGGGAUGGGCUGCCCUUUCUCCAGACCGGACGCUGGCUCCUCUGAUUACGCCCACCAGCGGGCACCAACACGAGCCACUCACCGCAUCCUCAGUCACGGUUCUACCCCUGGGCAGAGCAGCUUUGCUGUGAACUAUGACAGCAGCACAGUACGGUGUGAAAGGAAAAGUAGUCUAAGCAGCUGAUUUACAACCUUCUUAACUAUAAUUCUGGUUUCAAAGAAGCAACAACAAUUAGACAGAUUUGGUCUAAAGCUUGUGCCAAGUUUUCAGACAUACUUGUAGGGUCAGUCAACAAACAGCCAAGACUCCAAUCCUCAUUCUAGUAGCUACUCUUGACCCAAAGAUGUAGAUAUACAGUAGUUGCUUUCUUGAUGCAAUAUGCACCUUUCAGCAAAUGCAUCACUUUGAUUUUGUACACAUGGUGAGAAACUUGUAUGCUUGGCCACUCUGUGAUGUGGAAACUAUUCCACCUGUUUCUAAAAGAAGUUGCACCUGCUGAAAAAAGAUAAGAAACAUCCCUAUGACUUACCGUUUCAGACAAGCUGUGAUCAAGUGCUUUUACACAUUCGCCCUACUGCCAACAAAUCAUGGGAACAAGCCAUUAGGAAAAAAAAAGCCCUUUACAGAAAUGCUUCGGAGAAAGAAAGCGUGUUAGCGAAAAUAUUCAAUUUGAACAUGCGUCAGCACACAAAGCCACUGCCAGUAUGUGUCAGGGCUCCUUGAUUGCACUGGACCCUACAGAACACACCUAGACAAUCAUUAGAACUGUAUUUGCAUCGAAAAAGCUUUUAGGUUGAAAAUGAUCUAAACACCAGCCUACAGCAAGAUUUUGGCUUGGGGAAGGUGUGUCAUCCGUGUAUGGGGAGCAACUAGGUGAUCAAAUUAGAAUUUGUAUUUGGCCAUAUGGAUCCCAGGCUGUAGCCAUCUAGCCAUUUGUGCCUUCUCUUGUACCACGUAAAACAGCUGAUUUGUGCGACUAACAUAUCAGAACAACAGCAGCCACUCCUCCAUGUCACAUUAACCUGUACUUACUCAUUGACGCUUAUCUAGCUCUGUCAUUAUAGAAUGCUUUUGGUUUCCUCGGUUGCUGUGGAAGCGUCAGUGUGGUCAUGGCAAUGGGAGAGUGCGCCGCUGUCUUUGCCAAUCAGUGGGCAGGCUGCGUGAAGGAGGCUGAACUUCACUUAAUUACAGGACACCGAGUGCAGGCCUGUAAACAGGGCCUGCAAUCACCCAGCAUCACUGCGUCAAGAGACCAGCCCAGCAGUGAGAAAGCACAGGAUGCAUGUAGCGCACAUGCAGUAGGCAGUCAUACUGUAGGGGAUGCAUAUCCUGGGUUUAUAAUCAAUACCGUCCAAACAUGGCUUGUUGCAGUUUUGUUCAGUGUGUAGUGUAUGAUAAGUCCAUCCUUGCGUGUGAGGGGGGGGAGAGAAAGAGGAGGAGGUUACGAUUCCGGCUGGGGGUGAUGGUGGACAGGAGCAUAGGGAUUAUUUGCAUGUCACAGCUUCCUGCAUGUGGAACGUGCCUGUAACACCAGGGUUAAAGAUGUAUUUUAGUAACAGUUAUGAAGUUUAAAAGAAUCCAUUCAUGAAUAAAGAUAUUUUGUAAGAA